CGGGACCCGGCGGGGCAGGGCAGGGCAGGGGCCAUGCCCGGCUGCCCGGGGGCUCCUCGCCUCUGCCUGGGCUGCUGCGCGCUGCUGGCGCUCGGCCUGGUGCUGCUCGGCUUUGCCGCGGGCUGGUUUAUGAAGCCAACUGUAAAAACAGGCAGCUCAUCAUAUGCUUAUCAAGAUAUGAGGCAGAGACUUGUAGCUGAAAUGAAAGCAGAAAACAUCAAGGAGUUUCUUCGCUCUUUUACAAAGCUUCCUCAUCUCGCAGGAACAGAGCAAAAUUUCCAUCUUGCCAAGCAAAUUCAAGACCAAUGGAAAUCAUUUGGGCUGGAUUCAGCAGAGCUGGUUCAUUAUGAUGUACUCCUUUCCUACCCAAAUGAAACAAAGCCCAAUUACAUCUCAAUUAUUGAUGACCUGGGGAAUGAGAUUUUCAAUACAUCGUUGUUUGAGCCACCCCCUCAGGGAUAUGAAAACGUUACUGGUAUGCUGCCACCAUACAAUGCUUUUUCAGCACAAGGAACACCAGAGGCAGAUCUGGUCUAUGUGAAUUAUGGUCGCACGGAAGACUUUUUAAAGCUGGAACGUGAGAUGGGAAUUAACUGUACAGGAAAGAUCGUCAUUGCCAGAUAUGGGAAAAUCUUCAGAGGAAAUAAAGUUAAAAAUGCCAUAUUAGCAGGAGCCAGAGGCGUUAUACUUUAUUCAGACCCUGCUGACUACUGUGCACCUGGAGUAGAUCCCUAUCCAAAGGGCUGGAACCUUCCAGGAGGUGGAGCCCAGCGUGGGAAUGUGCUGAACCUGAAUGGUGCAGGAGAUCCCCUCACACCAGGUUACCCAGCAAAAGAGUACACUUUCAGAUAUGAAGUUGAUGAAGGAGUAGGAAUACCUGUAAUCCCAGUUCAUCCCAUUGGCUAUUAUGAUGCAGAAAUAUUGUUACGCAUCAUGGGAGGACCUGCAGCACCUGAUGACAGCUGGAUGGGAAGCCUCAGCGUGCCUUACAACGUAGGGCCUGGAUUUAUGGGAAACUAUUCUGCAAGAAAGAUUAGGAUGCAUGUUCACACUAACAAUAAAAUAACACGAAUUUACAAUGUUAUUGGCAUCCUCAGAGGAACUGUGGAACCAGACAGGUAUAUUAUCUUGGGAGGUCAUAGAGAUUCCUGGGUAUUUGGUGGUAUUGAUCCAACCACUGGUACAGCUGUUCUUCAAGAGGUUGCUCGAAGUUUUGGCAAAUUGAAGAUGGAAGGUUGGAGACCUAGAAGAACCAUUAUUUUUGCUAGCUGGGAUGCAGAAGAAUUUGGAUUACUAGGUUCCACAGAGUGGGCUGAGGAGAAUGUCAAAGUUCUUCAGGAACGGGCAGUUGCUUACAUCAACAGUGAUUCUUCUGUAGAAGGCAAUUACACGUUAAGAGCUGACUGCACCCCUCUCCUCUACCAAUUGGUGUAUAAUCUGACAAAAGAGAUCUCAAGCCCUGAUGAGGGCUAUGAAAGCAAGUCUCUCUAUGAGAGCUGGCUUGAAAAGGACCGCUCACUAGACGAUGAUGAUCAACCCAGAAUAAACAAACUGGGCUCAGGCAGUGAUUUUGAGGCUUACUUCCAGCGACUGGGAAUUGCAUCUGGCAGAGUCCGUUAUACCAAGAAUAGGAAAGCAGACAAGUAUAGCAAUUAUCCAGUCUACCACACUGUCUAUGAGACUUUUGAGCUAGUAGAAAAAUUUUAUGACCCCACGUUCAGGAAGCAGCUUGCUGUUGCCCAGUUACGAGGCAGCCUAGUCUAUGAGCUUGCAGACUCACAUGUCAUUCCUUUUAACUGUCAAGAUUAUGGAGAGGCCUUAAGAAAAUAUGCCAAGCGAAUCUAUAAUUUGGCCAAAAAACAUGAAGAACAGAUGGAGACUUACGAAGUGUCAUUUGAACCUCUCUUUUCUGCUGUGAAGAAUUUCACAGAGGCUGCUGCUGACUUCCACAGAAGGCUGGAGCAGGUUGACUUGAAAAACCCACUUGCAGUGCGAAGUAUGAAUGAUCAGCUGAUGUUUGUGGAAAGAGCUUUCAUUGAUCCUCUUGGCUUACCAGGCAGGACAUUUUACAGAAUGCAGAAAAUUAGUAAUGGAAAUCCCACUCAUCAGAAACAAGAGAGGUCUCUUCCUAGCUCUUUCACAUGCAUGGACUACCUCAGGCCUCCACGGACCUAUGCAGUAAGUGUAGCAUUGUUUUGUUAAAGCGUGCUUGCACUCACUAAGAUGUGGCAGCGAUACACAUCUACAUACAGAAGAAUUUUGGCCGUCUCGUGUUAUUUGGCUGGAGUUUUACAGAAUCUAGCAACAGAAAACUGAACAGAACUUUGGGAUGGUUUUAUCUGGGACUGUUACUCCUGUAUUAACACUACUUAUCAUUAUACCACCAAUACUGCUUAUCAUUACCACUAUUUAUCAUUCAAACCACCAAUACUCUCGCAUUAACUUUGAUUUGGCCACUUUUAUCAGUUAAUAGGUUUUAUCUUUCUGUUUGAAAAGCACUGCCUGUAAGGUUAAAAAGUUAUUUGACACUGUAUUUUAUUAUUCUCUUCUCCCCCUACAAAUGAAUGGUGUUUUACUUCAAUCAAUAAACAGUUUGAAGUUCCAGUUCAGAAUGGGAGUGAAGACAUCUCAAUUUAUGGAAUUACACUUUAAAGGGUUCUGAAACUAACAUUUUUACUAUAAUUUUUAUUAGUGGGGACCUUGAAUGUUUUAAUCAGAGUAAGUAUAAGCAGAUUUCAUAGGAAAUUUCUAAGAAUGUGUUUUAAAAUGUCUAUCACAAUAAAAUUUGAUUGCUUUUAAAUAACCUCUCUUAGACCAACAUAGCUCUACACAAGAUCAUCAGAAAAUUGAGCACAGAAAACCUCAAUUUUUUUCUUAAAUGACUACAAUUUCAACUCAAAAUAAUGCAUGGAAGCAGGUCACAUUAAGUUAGCAGGAACAGUUCAUAUUAAAAUGUUAAUUCCA